AUGGUUUCAAAGGCACCGCCAAACUUUAACUUUGAUGUUGAUGACAUCGUUUCACAGUCAAGUGCUCUACCGUCUGUACUGAUGCAAGUUGCUUGCAUCGCUCCAUCUAACUAUAUUUUUUCAGAACCUCCGGACUUUUUAGUUGAAGACAUAUCGCUCAUCUAUAAGAAUGAAAAGUUAUGCAAUGCCGAGGAUAAUAAGACCGAGGAAUCGUCAACGGUCCAAAAUUCCCACUCGAAUAAGGCGGCAAAGUUUUCAUCUGAAUCUGAGAAUUCGUCAGACUACUUCCUGCCCGUUAAGAGAGAAGGUGAAUCAGUAAAAGCACCGACACAGCGCGAUUUUAGUUCCGAAUUCAAUGUCUCUGCUGCCCAAGAAGGCCGAAGCAUUGAAGGAACGGGCGGAGCCGCUCCGAAAAAACGAAGAGAAGACGUUAGCGCCACCCCAGAACGCGUAGAGCACAGGGUCAACCUGACCGCCAUACUACAGUAUUCGAACGCUAGCCCAUUCCGAGACAAGACCAUGCGAGGGUUCUCCUGCCUUUACUGCGCCAAAGCGUUCCCGAACAUCGACGAACUAAGAGAGCACACCGCACAGCAGAAGGAGAAGAACAAAAUCAACAAAAUGAUCGACUACAAGCUCAGCUACAACCCGAUCAAAGUCGACAUCACGAAUCUGCGUUGCACCGUAUGCGAUUUGCCCCUGAAGGAUCUCAACGAACUGAAAGACCACAUCGUCACUGUACACAAUAAAGUCAUCCAUAAACACAUAAAGGACAUCAUCCUGCCGUUCCGUCUCGGAGACGGAAGCAAUUUCACUUGCGUUUUGUGUUCGGUCGUUCAUAUAUCAUUCAAGAAUCUCUAUCAUCAUAUGAGCAGUCAUUACAGGAAUUAUUGUUGCAAUAAAUGCGGCGUUGGGUGCAUUACAAUAGCGGCGUUGCGGAAGCACCAUAAAACCCACGCUCAAGGCGUAUUCACCUGCGACUACUGCGAGAAGACAUACGGGUCUCUAACGAAGAAGAGGAAUCACGAGAAGGGGGUCCACGAAGGGGGCUGGCUGAGGAACAAAUGUCCCCACUGUCCUGAGGUUUUCGUCAGCUACUACGACAGAUCCGAACACCUGGUCAAGGUCCACAACCAGACCCCCAUCCUGUACCCGUGCAACGCUUGCAACAAAAUAUACAAAAAGAAAUUCGAAUUGAAUCGACAUAUAAAGCAUCACCAUCUACAGCAGAAGAACUUCGUCUGCGACAAAUGCAACGCCAUGUUCUUCUCGAAACGCGGCUUGGUGGAUCACAUAGCCAGGCACGAGGGCGCGGAGAUGUUCUCGUGCGAUAUAUGCGGCAAGUCCUUCUCCCGACUUCGGACCCUCAAAGAGCAUCUGAGGAUGCACGAAAACGACACUAGAUACCAAUGCAAAGUCUGUAAGCGGACCUUCAUGCAGAAGGGCGGUCUGAAGAAUCACGUCCGUCUCCACCAGGACAACUUGGACAUCUUCAAGGAGUUCGACGAUGUGAAACAUUUGAUCGAUAAUCGAGAGUUGACUUUGAAACAGAUCGCAGCCGAGAAUAAGAAGAAAGAGUUAGCGCAGAAACAACAGGGGUUAUUCAUGUAG